AUGACGAGGCUUGAAGAUAUGGGAAGCAGUGAGCCGAUGGCAUUGAUGUCUCUGAAAGUUCUCUAUACGGUGGAUAACGAAGUCAACACAUACCUAGCGCGCAGCAAAAACCUGGUAAGAGUUCGCAAAGAGCGAAUUCCAAGUCCUAACAACGAUGAUACACAGUUGACAGUUGGGGUGAUCGAAUUGAGUGGUAUACUGGAGGUAAUUCGAGAGUCUUCCCCCGAACUGUUCUCGUCGCAGGGCAACGGCGGGCUAGACUACAAUGUGUAUUUCAGAGACCUAUGCGAAACGGACGAGCCAUUUGUGAGUUUCGGACUGCUGUCGACGCUCAAGAAAAGUGUGAUGAGCGAGGUUAUCGACCCAAAUGGAACCCCUCAAGCUGAAGAUGAAUGGCCUGCAGUAGUUGGCCGCGUAUGCUCAAAUUUCUCGGCGCUUCUGUCGUUUAAAAGCAAUAACAGUAUGGCCGGCAAUUCUAGCGCGUCUAUCAAGAGUGCAAGUCAGACGCUAGAAGUAAAGGUCAAGUUUUCAAGAGUAAUAACCGCAACGUCGUCCAGGAGGUCUAGCAUUGAGGGGAGGUGCAAAAUAACAACUCCCACGCCAAGGAAAAAAAUAUCAGAAACUCCUGCUGCUGAAGUGAACAAACGGCAAGAAGAUGGACACCGCAUCAUGAAUGAGCAAAAGCCCGGCAAGAGGCAAACCAAUCCCAUGCCUGCACCAAAAGCCGCCAGGACCCAAUCCUUGCCUAUAUGGAAUCAAACCAAAAAUGCACAAUUUUCGCUCCCUGCAAACUCCAUAGCGCACAAAAUUUACUUGGCAGAUCGCAUGAGUAAGGAAUCAGAGACCUCCAAACAAGCAUUUGGAGAAAAGAGGCCGAUCUUCCAUGUGAACAGCUUGCAACAGGACAAUACUGUGCAAAAAAGCAAGGUUGAUGACUCUGUAAGUAAACGAUUUGAAUUUAUUACAAAGAAGAAGGUGAAGUCGGCUAAGCCUGUUGCUAAAAAGCCGCUGUCUAAACCGAAAGCAACAACGGUGAAGAAGAUACGAAGAGAUAGCGCAGCCAGCAAUUUUUCCCCAUUAGUGCCAGCUGCAAACAACGCGGCGACGGGAGGUAUUAAAGAGGUCAACGGUACAAACUUAAAGCUGUCUAACGAAGAGUUAAUGGAGGCUGGAGAAGAGGUUCUAGCGUUGCAAGAUUUCAAAGCUGAUAUUAUAAAUGAAGUACAACAGGAGGAGCAACUUCAUAUGGAAAAUAAAGAGAAUGAACCACCCAGGGAUGCAUGCAUAACAACGAGAUUUGAGGACCUUCUUGGAAUGGAGUCAUUGGGCUUCAAAACUCCCAGUGAUAAUGAUAAAUUUUUCGGCCUCUCGAAAGAAAUGGAUCCACUGGAAUGGUUUGGUGACAUAUUUGGCGCACCACCUCCUUCCAAGAGCAACUCUCCUGAAAGAGAUCCGCAAACUUGUAAUACGUUGCCAAUCGAUGACGAAGAUCAAGAACUUAACAAAAGCACAACGAGCGACAAUGACAAAACUUCUCCGCUCGACACACUCUCUAUGCCUUUAUUGGAAUUGGAUCAACGUAAGCAGCGAACAUCUGGUACGUCCAUACUCACAUGUAAGGACCAGCUGAAAAGGCUUCCGAUUUUGUGCAGAAAAUCUGCGUUAAAUGGGCUUGAGGAACAGGUAGAUGACGACGCGACUUCGGAGGUGAUGACCUACUCUACAUCUCCCAAGGAGCAAGACUCCAGAAUCGAUCUAAAAAGACGUCGAUUAUCGGUUCCAUCCUCACCUCUGCAUGAGGCAGGGAACGGCUUCAAUGAAAUGAGCGAAGAAACAAUGAAGAAGAGAAAAACCAUGCCAUCUUCGCCCACAUCCAUAUUGCAUUACGAAGAUGAAGCAGCUGUGAGUAACGAAGAUUUCUCCUUUGUCGAUACGUGUUUGAACCCUAACGUUGAUUCUACCCCUGCUACACAAUACAGAUCCAGUGACGCGGAUGCCGUGAAAACAACUGGUGACAAAAACCCCGAAGCACAAUUUCUGUGA